AUGCUCCUAGCGAAUCUCGUCCCGGAGCAGGUCCCGCGCUCGCUUGUCUCCCUGGCAGGUAGGCCGGCUUCUCCAACGUCACGUCUUUCUCGUCAUACAAAGUCCCCAAACCCCCGACGACGGAUCACGGACGGACUCGGAGCCGCCGAACGAAACCUCGCUCACAUCAGCUUCCACUCGGUCGAAAGGCCCAACUCCGGGAUCCGAUCCCCCACGACCUCUUCCCCGCCCAGCUUUGGCCGGCCGAAGACAGGACACGGACCAAAUCAUCUGAAGAAGGGAUCAUUGCGCGACUGGGGACCAGAGAGAGAUUGUGUGAGAGAGACAUUGACAGGAUACAAGGCGGGACGACAAGAGUUUUUAUUUGGUGGUGUUCAGUUGGGUAACUGA